AUGAAGCGCUCUUUACUCAGUUUCGCGAUGAAUUUGGCUGCAGUUGCCGCGAUGCCCUCCCAUCGACCGUCAUCGCCCACCUAUUUCUUCACUUUUGGUGAUUCCUACUCCAUGACAAGCUUCAAUGUAAACGGAACCCAGCCGUCGCCUUCAAAUCCCAUGGGAAAUCCUCAACUGGGUACUGGUGCGACUGGAGGAGGCAUUAAUUGGAUAGGCUACCUCACAACCGUUGACAACUCCUCUCUCGUGCUCAGUUACAACCUGGCUAUUGGAGGCGCAACAAUCGACAAUGCGAUUCUCAAUUCUGGGUACCCGGAUAUGACGGGCCAAGUGAAGACGUUUCAAGACGUCUACAGCGCAAAGCCCAUGAAAGCACCGUGGAAAGCUUCAGAUACCGUCUUCGGCUUCUGGAUUGGGGUCAAUGAUGUCGGAUGGGCAUACCAAAGCUAUGAGGCAGAUGAGCUGGUACCUAAGCUCAUGGCUCAGUACCGUUCCUUGAUCGAGGAAGUUUAUUUAGAUGGUGGACGCAAGUUCCUCUUCAUCAACGUUCCACCAACAGGCCGAAGUCCACUCAUCCUCGACCAAGGCGAGAGUGCUUCUCAGAAGCAUGCUGCGUGGACUGAGGCAUACAACAGGGGACUUGAAGAGAUGCGCAAGGAAUUUCACACAGCGCACAAAGAUGUGGAGUCUGUGCUGUACGAUUCCUGGCGCUUCAUGACCAGGAUUCUCGAUCAUCCUCGGUGGUUUGGAUUCCCCAAUGCGACAUGCAUUGACAGUGAUGGUGAGAGCUGUGUUUGGUGGAACAAUUAUCAUCCUUCACAGAAGUAUCAUCGGCUGCAGGCGGCGGAUAUGAAGCGGACACUGCAUCGUUUCGGGGCCUGGUAG